AUGCGUAUCCACACCUUUCUGACUGUUUUGAGCUCGGUGGUCCUGUUCGGAUUCAUCGACGCGUGCCGAAAGAACGACGACAUCAUCGUCGACUUCCUCAACGCAUACUUCGACCUCGAAGCCAGCGAGGGCCAGUUUCUCUGGGACUGGUUCGACGUGUGGCGCGAAGACUUUGAGCACGCAAUGUGGUACUGGCACCUUCUCAUCGCCGUCGGCGUGUGCGUUGGAUGCGUCUGGCUGACCGUCAACAACGAGCGGGUCGCCCAGGUUUGUGUUUACGACACCGGGACCGCCAUCUGCAGCGACGUAAAGGAUCUGUUCGAUCGGAUGUCCUCUUCGACACGACACUUCUUGAACGAUUUGCUGAUGACGACUGAUCUUCCUCUCGGCACCACCGGCGUCCUCGUUGUUGACCCUUUCUUUGUCCCUGGAGCGUUCCCUGAUGAAUCCGUAGAGACCUGGGACGCUCGCGAAAUUGAAAUCGCCAGCGAUAAUGAGGAGGCGGCCACCGUUUAA